GCCACCGCCGCUCACGCGCAGCCGCGGCACGCAGACCGACUACCGCGAGUCGGAGGCGCAGACGGACCCCUACUCGCCGCCCUACCGCGUGGUGGACGGAGACUGGGCCGAGGAGCUGACGGUGGCCGCUCUCUCCUGGGGGCACGGGCUGCCGGCCGGCGCCGCCGAGGUGGAGAUGAUCGAGCGGCUGCGCAACCGGCGCUGCUGGGGCGACACGCUGCCGCCGGCCGGCGACCGCUGUCACGGCGAGCGACGCAUCCGGCUCAUCGAGAGCAUCGAGCGACAGGAGUGGGUCGUCCGCGAGCAGGAGAUCAGUGACAUACAGGCACUUCGGCUGGAACUAAUGCAGCACCUGCUGAAGGAGCAGGAGGACAAGCGGAAGCAGCGCGUGGCCCGCCGACUGGACAAACGCUGGAAGAUCCGCGUGGCCGAGCGGGACACCCAGAUCGCGCGCAUCCAGUCGCAGUACGCGCGAGACGUGCGCCGGCUGCGCCGCUGGAAGGACCACAAGCUGGUCCAGGCGUCCGGCCAGCAGCGUGACAUCAUCGCCGAGUACGACACGCCCGGCUCGCGGGCGUUCGCGCCCCUCACGCGCCAGGGCGCCGACAUCGAUCAUCUGCGCGGCCAGCCGCAGCGGCUCCAGCUGCCCUAUCUGGAGACGCGCAGAGGUGUGGAGAUGCUGGAGGAGGUGUACGGCGAGUCGCUGACGUCACCCGUCAUUCGGAUGCCGGACAUGCCCGUGAGUCAUCUGAUCCAGCGGCGCUACUCCCGCAAGUACCUGCUGCAGAAGGAGCUGCUCGACGUGCACAGCAUGAUCAAGGCGGAGCAGGAGCGCGAGGCGGCCGGUGACCAGACGGGCUCGCCGCGCUUCCUGGAGAAGAUCGUGCACCCGCCGCCGCGGCCGAUCACGCCCACGGUGGAGCCACCCGACCAGCAGGACUGCGACCAGACGCAGGCGGCUAUCUGCCUGCAGCGGCUGCUGCGCGGCCGCGCCGCCCAGAUCCGGAUGCGGCGCGGCGUCGAGCGGCGCUACGACCUGAUCCAGGAGCUGCGCGGCACGCACGCGCUCCAGGCCAGUACCAUGGAGCUGAAAGCGCGCGACCAGCGCCGUGUCGUCUGCAUGCAGCGCAUGAGAGACGCUGCCACCAAACAGGACGAGUACGUAGAGGAGGCGCUGAGCAGGAUCGAGGGCGCCGCCGUCGCCCGCCUGCUGGACCAGCUCAGCAACGAGCUCAUCCGACUGCAGGAGGAGCGCAGGAUCCACGCGUUCGUGAUGAUGGCCGAGCGGGAGCGGCAGCGGCGCGAGGCGGCCGAGGCCGGGCUCCGGCAGCGUGAGCUCCGACGACGCCGGGAGAUGGACGAAAUCUUCAAACGGACGCUCAAGGUGCACCAGCAGACGGUCGACACAUACCUGGAGGACGUGAUCCUCGAGUCGACCGAGCGCGCCGCUGACCAGCAGGCGCGCCAGCACGUCCGCCAGCUGGCCGCCCACCUCAACGACAUUGUCUACGAGCUGGAGGAGAAUCCGCGGAACCAGUGGCAGUCGGAGGAGUUGGUGUCGGAGCUGGUGCACAGUUUCGUGCUGCCGGAGGUGCAGCGGCAGGAGACACGCUCCCGUCUGCGGCGCCACCAGCAGCGCCACCUGGCGGCCGCCCGGGACGUCAUGUUGGCCCAGCUGGGCGGCACCGGCUGCCCGGCCGUCGACCAGAGCGCCGUCGAGCGCCGCCACCUGGCACAACACGAGCAGCCCACCCGCGACGCCGAGGUGCAGGCCGGCCGAUACUCCGAGUAAGGGGCGCCGCACCGGCCAAGGGCCGCCCGGGGAGGCAGAGACGCCGCGUCACCCGCCACCACCUGCACCAGCGGCUGGCCCCGGCGGUCCGCGGCUGCGUCACCGCUGCAGAGCCGGCUAAACCACCGGCCAGCUGUCCCGGUCGAGGCACCCGACGCUGUCCCGUCCGCACCGAGACGAGGCCCGCCGUUCCCUGACUCGCGGCUCGGCCGCGUCCGCGUGCUGUGCGCCGCAUACCCCGUGCGGUGUGUUUGGGUCCUUGUUCAAGUCCUGCGUAUGGCACCGCUCUGUCCC